AAUCAAACUCAAGUUGCGACAGCACUUCAAGUGUUCUAUAAUCUAGGUUGUCUGUCUGUCACUGUGGAAAAUAUUGUGGACAACCUCAGAGAAAAUCUAAAGUCAAGCAUCAAAGAUGCUGUUGAUGCCAGUAAACUUUCACAGGGAACAGGUCAGACCAAUACUGCCACACUAAGAGCAGCAUUAUGGACACAAAUGGAAAAGCUUAUGGAUGUGAUUUAUUCAUCAUGUGCUCAGGUUUACCAUUUGCAGAAGGUGUUGGCCAAAAAGAGAGACCCAGUUACUCAUGUCUGCUUCAUGGAAGAAUUAAUUAAGGAAGGAAGCACUUCAGUUAAUUCUUUCUGGAAAUCAGUCACAGUAAUUUUAGCAGAUGAGUUUUCCCAAGAAGCUAGAGAUUCCACAUUUCUUAAGCAAGCCUUUGAGGGUGAAUACCCCAAGGUUCUGAGGCUGUACAAUGAUUUAUGGAGCAGACUUCAACAGUUUGGUACCACCAAUACUAACGGGCCUUCGGUAAUGGCUGCCAAUGAAGUUCAAUUUGGGCUCUUCCAGAAAACAGAAAACUAUGAUUCUAGUCCUGAACAAGCACUGAAGAAAAGUCUAUCUCCCUUUGAGAAUGCUUACUUGUCACGAUCUCUGUCAAGACUAUUUGACUCCAUUAACUUGGUGUUUCCAUCAGGGGCUCGUAAUCCUCCACCCAAAGAAGAACUUACUAACAUUGCUAGGACAAUCGGAAGUGAGCUGAACGUGGCUAGUGUAGAUGCUGGUCUUACUAUCACUGUAGCCAAGAACGUUGCCAAGACGAUAUCUAUGUACACAGCCAAGUGUGAGCAGCUGCUCCCAAGUGCACCRGAAGCCAGUCAAGUGCGUGGUCAGGUGUCUAGCGGGCAACAGAGAAGCGCUGCAACUGUAAACAGUCUUUUUCAGUUGUAUCAAGCUGUUUCCAAGAUUGUMGAUGGUUUGAAAAAUCCCCCAGACAUAGCUGUAGACGCAGUACAGGCAGCUUUAGAGGAAAUGUUGUCUUUGAUCAAUACAGCGUUGGACCCCCUGAUUGAAGCAAUAAUGAUCGAGCUGGAGAACUUGAUAUACCGAAUACAUGCCGAGGACUUUACGAGUACUUCGUUGUCCAAAUACAGCUCCAGGGUUCCGGAUGCUCCUUGUUCGGCAUAUAUUGAAGAUAUCGAGGACUUUAUUCUUAGUGUUCAGAAGAAUCACAUGUCGAUGUUUGAAUGCCACGAGCUACUGAUAACCAGACUAGAACCCGUUGCCAGUCGGGUCUUGGAAUUAUUUGUACGUCACACAAGCCUUUUGAGGGGCAUUGGAGAAGGAGGGAAACUCAAACUAGCGGCUGAUAUGGCUCAGAUUGAAUUCGCUGUUGGACCGUUCUGUCGUAAAGUGUCUGACUUGGGCAAACCGUACAAACUUCUACGUUCUUUCAGGCCAUUAUUAUUCCAGACAUCUCAGGAUAUCGUAGAUAACCCGGCACUAGGCGAAAGUCUACCUUAUAGUCUCGUACUGCAGUAUUUGUUCUCUAGAGCACCGAGCGAACUCAAAUCACCCUUCGAGGUAGCAGGAUGGACCACUAAUUAUUUCUGUCAGUGGCUAGACGAACAUCCGUCGGAGGACGAACGACUGGCUCUCAUAAGAGGAACUUUAGAAGCUUAUGUUAAUUCCGUAAGGUCACGUGGCGAAAAAGAAUAUGCACCAAUCUAUCCCAUCAUGCUUCAGAUUCUUCAAUUAGGAAGCAAAMCUUGAACUGCUAUCGAUAUUAGGUYACAMGGGUAAAAUUUCACAAGUGGAAGGGCAAUUGCCCRAGUUAAGUCUAAGUAUGGGAAAGGAAUAUUUCUUAAUUAUUAUAUUAAUAUUAUAUUAAUGAUUAUUGUAAGAAUGAGCGAAGCUUAUUGGGAUAUUCUUAUGGAAAAUGAUGUAAAUAAGGAAUGUAUUUAUGACUUAGUUGUAAUACACCAAAUCCACUACUUUCCCAUUUUAGCCCACGUGUCAUUCCCUAAAGUAUCGUUUCUUUGUUUAUCGGUUGCGCGUGAGAAGACACAUGAUUAUGGAUACGACUUAUACAAAGAAUCUUAUUCUCGAGAGAAUGACACGUGGUUUGAAAUGGGUAAAACAUUACGCCCAUAUGGAUGAAGUCCGUUUGUAAUCAAACUCAGCUCUGUAAGGCUCAAAGGGUUUAUUUUAAAUGAAUAAAAUAAAUAAAGGAAAGGUAAUGGCUAA